CGAAAGGUUUGCAACUUCUUUCACAUAAACUUUAAGUUGUUUCAUUGACCCAGAACGUGUCGUUGAUCUACCUAGGUACAACAUGGUGCAAACUCGUGCCGAAGACCAACCUCUUCUGGGCAAUGCAAGUUUACAAUCCCUCGAAAAUAGACUUGCAAAAACUCAAUGGAAUUAAUAUGUCCAUAAAGAUCCCAGUCUGAAUUCGAACCUCUCUGCAUACCACUUAUGUGGCCCAGUAAUAUGAAUUUCACGUGGUUCGCGUCAUCCAAUAACUGCCCGGCUUCUAGUACUGGCGACUGCUGAGCUACCAGAGCCUAGAAACCUGCUUCACCACGUCGCAAUGCUACAACAGCAUCAAGCUUUCGUCCAACGGUCAAUUCUACUACCUGUUCUCGUUUCACGUUGACCUGAAUUCACAAGUAAUGGCAGUACAACAGCGUACCUCGGGCGUCCUUGCACGCAUCCAGAGCCUUCUCAAUGGCAUCAUCAGCCCCGAAACUCGAGAGCGCUAUUGGAACAAGAUAGGCACCUUUGCUCAAGAGCAACCACUUCUACUUACAUUCGGCCUUGCUCAACUCAUCUUCUCUUUCCUGCCUCUAGCACUCUUCGCCUCCUUCGUCCUCGGAACGCUUCUCCUCUCGGUCAUCAGCGCCAUCCUCUUCUCACUAUUCUGGACCGGCGUCGCCCUUCUCUUGCUCGUUCCGACCUUGUUCGUAACCGUCAGUCUUGGAUUCAUAUUCUGGGUGUGGGCAAUUUCUAGCUUCCUCGUCGCGAAAUGGACAUAUGACAUGAUGCCGGUCAGUGUACGAGGAACGACAGAGGUUGGACUGCCGAAUGGAAAGAAAUUUGUCGUUGAUAAGGGUGAGGGCAAGGGUGACUUCAAAGGAGAGAUGAGAGACGGUGCUUGAAGAGGAAAAAGGAUACAAUUCAUAAUGCGUUUUCAUGAUUCUACAAGAGCAACAAGCAGGUGGAAAUAUUAGCUUCCAAGGAUACAUACCAAAAUAUGCAACUACGAUUCGAAAUAUGAAUGGAUAUGUGGUUUUAUGGGAUUUUCUGGGCAGAAUGACAGAGUUACACGAAGCCUUUGCAGCCUCUGUGCGAUACUCUUCCGAUCGAUCCAGUAUGGAUUCAAUAACGAUUAUUACUUACAGCAAUUCGACGAAAGGCACAACAAUUUUUCCCACUUAUGAGACCAGACCAGGAUGCAAGGAAGGCUCAGCCUUACAGACAUCAGCCUUGUAGCAAGGUUACGGCCUCGUUUGCCACCCGAACAAAGCACCCACCGAAUCUAUCAAGCAAGAGUUCAACAAUUACUCAGUAUAUUCCUUGGCAUGUCAAUCAAUUUCUAAAAGCUUCAAUACCCUUGUAAG